CUUCUAUACAGAUUCCUCACUGAUGGUGGCAAGAUCAUGCCGCGCAGGAAGACGUUCGUAUGCGCAAAGAAGCAGCGAGAACUAGCUCGUUGCGUGAAGCGCGCUCGACAGAUGAAUCUUAUCCCAUACAUGGGUAAGCUACCUCAGUUUAGGAGACCUGAUUUUUUUGCGGAAAAUGCUUGA